AUGUCGUUGUUGCUUGGAUCUACUGUUUAUUUGUCUGUCAUGCAUGCAAGUGAGCAUCGUCCCCUAGGCAGUAGGAUGUCUGCCCCAGGUUUAACUUCUGAAGCACAGCUCCGAUACAUUCUGCAAUGGUUUGGAGAGUUCAGUGAGCUACAACGAGAAGACUUCCUGCCUGUACUGGCUGCAGCACGGGGAGACCAGCCAGAUCAGUUGGCUGCUGUCUUAGCAAACAUAUCUUGUCACGAUAAACCUGUUAGUUUAUUUCAGUGCAGGAUAAAACUUUUUAAUGAAUGGUUUCCUACAUGGGCCGAAGAGGAACAAGAUAGACUGAUAAAAGGAGUUUCUGAACAAGAUCCUGAAUUUGGGGCUAAACUUCAGGAUAUUUUACUAAAUGGGCCUCAAGUCAAUGGCAAUCAAGAUGACUUUUUUGAACAAAGUUUAAGCAAGGAACAGAAUGGAACUAGUGACAAUGUAUCCCCGACUGAAGAUGAUGCAAAUGGUACUUGGGCUAAUGGGGAAAAUCCAGAACCUGAAGUUGAAGAAAAUGCUGAAGAUCCUCUGGUAGUUUCUGAAAACAUUCCUGUUGAAAUAGCAGCUGCUUCUUAA